AUGAGUGAAUAUUUACCUUUUGGCGGAUUUAAGUGGAUUGAAGAUGUUACCAAAUUUGGUAUUACAUCUAAAUCCACUAAUCCUUCCGAGGAUUAUAUUGAUAUUAUGUCAAUACCAAAUGGUGCGAAGGAAGGCUAUUUCUUUCAAGUUGACUUAGAGUAUCCACGUGAAUUACAUGACAAACAUAGAGAUUUUCUAUUUGUCGCCGAACACCUUAUUCCUCCCGGUUCAAAACUACCAAAAUUAUUACCAACUCUUUUUAAUAAGUCAAAAUAUAUUAUUCAUUAUAGAAAUUUAAAGCAGGCUUUAUCCAACUGA